AUGCGCGGCUGCGAGCUCCCGCUCGUCCUGCUGGCGCUGGUCCUCUGCCAGGCGCCCCGGGGGCCGGCCGCUCCGGUGUCGGCGGGCGGAGGGACCGUGCUGGCCAAGAUGUACCCGCGCGGCAACCACUGGGCGGUGGGGCACUUAAUGGGCAAAAAGAGCACAGGAGAGUCCCCAGAUGUUUAUGAGGGCCAGAGCGUGAAGCAGCAGCUGAGGGAGCACAUUCGGUGGGAAGAAGCUGCAAGGAAUUUGCUAAGCCUCUUGGAAGCAAAGGGGAGCAGAAGCCAUCAGUCACCUCAAUGGGAGCCCCUGGGCAUUGGUCAGUCUGCUUUGGAUUCUGAGGAGAGCAGCAACUUUAAAGAUUUGGUGGACUCUCUGCUCCAGGUUCUCAACGUGAAGGAAGGAACCCCCAGCUAAACUGACAAUGACAAUGACAGCCUCUCUCAAAGAAGCAAAACAGAACCCUUAAGAGACUGCGUUCUGUGAGCAUCAAUUCUACCGGAUCAUCAAGAUUUCCUUUGUGCAAAAUACUUAAUUAUUCUUGUAUCUUUCAAUCUUGACUAAAGUCAUGGUUUUCAACCAGCAUCUUCUGGUUUGAACUUGUUUGCUGUGAAUAAUUGCCCCCAAACAGUCUUCUAAUUAAUGCUGUUUACAUCUAGGCUAUUUGUCAAUUAGAUUCCAG